AUAUUUCAAUCCCAAUAUGAAAGGAAAGGAAAAAAAUGAAUAAAAUAUGGCCACCGCUUUCUUUCUCUCACUAAAACCACCUUCCUUUCCCUCCACAACGACUCGCCACCACCCAAUUCGGCCUUCAUCCGCCGAUCCCAAAGCUCAUAACCACAGAUUUCCCCCUCAAAUAUCCUUCUCAUCAUUCAGAAAUAACAAUGGUAUCCCAUCAGAAACAGAGUGCCCAGUGCCACUGGAUCAGCAGCCCAUCAAUGAAUACCAGGCCCUUUCCAAUUCAUUCCCUUUCUCAUGGGCAUCUGGUAGUCUUGUUGAGUAUUGUGCACGGCUUUUUGUCACUGGGGCAUCUUUUGCACUCUUAGUGGGCCUACCCGUUUCUUGGUUCGGGUCAGUUGGCCCCAAAUCCGAGCCUCUGAGAUUGGUAUUUGGAGCUGCUUCAAGUGGGUUUUUUGUUGUUACUCUUGCUGUUGUGAGGAUGUAUCUGGGUUGGGCUUAUGUGGGAAAUAGAUUGCUCAGUGCCACUGUUGAAUAUGAAGAGACAGGCUGGUAUGAUGGCCAGAUAUGGGUGAAGACUGCAGAAGUUUUGGCUCGUGAUCGGCUGUUAGGUUCAUUUUCUGUAAAGCCAGUGCUCACUAGAUUAAAGAACACCCUUUUGGUCCUUGGAACAUCGUUGAUUAUAUGUGUUGUUCUCCUUGUCAAUUCUGAGAGCAGCCAAAAGGAUGCUUACAUAGUAUCUCAAGAACCUGGUGGUAGGUCUGUACCUGGUGUUUACAAUGAUGAAUCUGCAAGAUCUUUUGAGCCUGAUGCAUUUUGUGGGGAACCUGGUAUACCUUGAGUAUCACCAGGUUGAUGUUCAAAUGUUGUAUAUAGUGAAGUAUGUGCACUUAAAAAAUACCAGUGUGACAAGUCAAUCCGCUUUUGUAUAGUUUUGGUAUGUUUGGUGCGCUGAACGAAGUUAAAAUAUUGUCUAUUUUACAAUGCUAUACAGUCAAAUGGUAAUUUUGCCGGUUGGAUAGGACAAAAUUAAGGCAGGAAUGGUAUUGUUUAGUACUGGUGUCAAACAUGCAUUAUUUCUUGGGAUCUUUGUAAUAUGUGUAUAUUUGUAAUAUCCCUGGUAUUUAGUUUUGUCAAAUAAUUCUUUGUGGCUUUGCACAUAUGAA